CCAACGCUCGGCAUCGAACUGCUUCUGGGAAGCGACAGCCGAAUCUAUGUCUCAGUGGCACCAAAACUGUUUGACAAGGUGGCAGGACUUUGUGGAACUUUCAAUGGACUAACUGCAGAUGAUUACCAGCUACCGUCUGGGGUUGUUGCGCGGGUGUCACACCUUUUUGCCCCUAAAUGGCAGUCCAGAUCAUCUUGCCAAAUGCAUGAGGACAGAGAUAUCACCGACUAUUGUGAGAUAGAUAGCUACCACAAAAAAAUGGCUCAUGAAACCUGUGGUAAACUGACUCAGGAGCCUUUUACAGACUGUGGUCUUAAGGUUGACCCUAAGAUGUACAGGGACAUGUGCAUUAAAGACUACUGCCAGAGCCAGUACUACAAAGGGACAGAGUGCUUGGCAUUUUCUGCGUAUGCUCUAGAGUGUGCUAAAGAGGGCGUCAAUCUUGUCUGGAGAAGCUCAGAUCUGUGUGCCACGACGCUGUGCCAGGAGGGGGAGGUUUUCAAAGAGUGCGGGUCCAUGUGCAGGGUGACUUGUCGGGAUCUUGAGAAGACUGAUGACUGUCAGGAGCAGUGCAUCCAGGGUUGCCAGUGCAUAGGUGACACGUUAUAUGACAACCUUGAAAACAAGUGUGUGUCCCCAUCGGAGUGCUCGUGUUAUGUCAAAGGACAUUAUCGGAGGCCCGGGGAAACAUGGAAUAAUGGUUGCAAUAAAUGCACCUGCAAGACUGGUGUAGCUGAGUGUACUGAAAAAAUCUGUGCUGCGACAUGUCGAGGAUAUGGAGAUCCUCAUUACAUGACGUUUGAUGGCCGGAAGUAUGAAUUUCAGGGUGACUGUAGCUACGUUUUUACAUCGGAUGACUGCGGCAAGGAUGGCAGGACCAGUGUUUUCAGCGUGGUCGUGGAGAAUGUCCCCUGUGGAUUGGGUAUGGUGACUUGCACCAAAUCCAUUCUUUUCACUCUUCUCGAUGUUAAGAUAUUCCUCGUGAGAGGUGCCGACCCAGCCAUCACCCCUCCACCACCGACACCAACGACAGCCAAAUACCGCUUUGUACGGUCGGGUAUUUUCCUUAUCAUCAAUACUCGACACGGAGUUACUUUGGUUUGGGAUUUUGGCACAUCAGUCUACGUAACCUUAGAUGGAACCUUCCAUGGACGCGUGUGUGGCCUGUGCGGGGACUUUGAUGGCAACGCCUUGAACGACUUCAGAACCAGAGGCGGUGAAAUAGAGGCCACACCGAACGCAUUUGGCCAUAGUUGGAAGACGAUUGAAAGCUGUCCUGAACCCCCAGAUCCUGUCAACCCUUGCGAUAUUAACCCUGGGCGACGGGAUUGGGCGCGGUUUGCGUGUAGUAUCAUCCUAAAAUCUGUGUUUUCGCCGUGUCACAAUUUGGUUGACCCCCAACCUUUCCAUGACAACUGCGUAUUCGACAGCUGUGGUUGCGACAGGGGUGGUGACUGCGAGUGUAUGUGCACCGCCAUCAGCAACUACGCUGCUGUUUGUAACACUCUUGGCGUGGAGGUUCCAUGGCGUUCUACUGGCAACUGCGGUUUGCAGUGUGAGAACGGCAUGGAGUAUCUACCCUGCGGGAAGGUCUGUGCAGAUAGAUGUUACGAAAACGCCACGGAAGAAGACUACGGUUGCACCGAGCAGUGUGUGGAAGGAUGUCAUUGUCCACCAGGCACUAAACUGUGGAAGGGGAAGUGCGUGAAAGACGUCCAGUGUCCUUGCAUCUACAACGGCCAAGAAGUACCGCCGGGAUUUGUUGUAAUCGUGGACUGCAUGAGAUGCGAAUGCAUUCGGGGCAAAAUGCAAUGCAGCGGCGCCACUUGUACGGGCACUCCACCGUCAACAACUGCUUUGGCAUCAACUACGCCUUGCACAUGCCCCCCUGGCGAGUUUAAGUGUUACGACUGCUCUAGGUGCAUCGCUAUAGAGGACGUGUGUGAUGGGGAGAACAACUGCGAUGAUUAUUCGGAUGAAGAAAGUUGCGAGUGCGUUUACGGCAAUAAAACGUAUCCCGUAAACCAGCCGUUUCCUGGUGAUGGUGCCUGCGAGACCUGUAAGUGUGAAAUCGGCACAAGCAAACCAACAUGUGAGAAAAUAUGUGCCAUCACUUGUGCAAUAGGUGAAGAUUUGUACUUGAAUGAAAAUGACAACACGAAGUGCUGCGAAUGUAAACCACCAGCUACUACAACAGCUACCCCGACAACUACGGCAGCUCCUACUACAACAGUUCCCCCGACGACUACGGCAGCUCCUACUACAACAGUUCCGCCGACAACUACGGCAGCUCCUACGACAACAGUUCCACCGACAACUACGCCAGCUCCCAGUACAACUGUCCAAACAACAACCGAGAUAUUGUGCGACGAAAACCUGGACCAUUACGAUCCCGUGUCCUUGAAGAGAUUCGACGAUGUUGGAAACCCUGUCAGUCCAGACGAUAUCUGGAAGCCAAACAGCCCCCCUAAUGUGGCUGACCCGUAUUCAGGGUCACACUUGAAAGUUACCUUUACUCCAAGAUCUGAAAUAACGUCGGUCACUAUCUACAAGGACAAUGAUAGCGCCGAAGUGGUGAAAGUUGCCUUUAAAGUCAAGCCUAGUGACAGCGAUGCUCUGGUUCCCUUACGGAGAUCAGAUGGCUCCGACAUAUUUUACGGAAUACCUGGACUGAAGAUUGCACUUCCACCCAGCACACCAUACGUUGUGGAAAUGGAAGUCUACAUCGUCGAGCCUCUGCCUGCUGAAGGCUUCAAAGCAUGUUAA